AUGUAUCCUUUAUAUUAUGAAAAAAAGAUUAUAAAAAAAUUAAUACAAUACGAUGCGUUAAUAUUAUUAGCAGAUGGAUUUAACGAAUUAAAUAUUCUAGCACUUUUUAUUUUUUAUUACCAAAAUAAGAGUUUAUGGUAUGAUAAUCCUAUAAAUAAUAAAAAUAUUUUCUUUGAUUUAUUUAAAUUAAAUAUAAACAGAAUAAGUUAUGAUAAUGAAGAAAAUAAAAAGGAUACAAAUUAUUCUGAAAAGCUUGAUGAUUAUAAUGAAAAAAGUGAACAUAUAAAGGACACCUUUAAAAAUGAUGAAAAUGAAAAUACCUUUGAUCAAAUAAAAAAUGAUAAUAAUGAAAACUGCAACUUAAAUAAUAUAGGAAAUAAAAACAAAUUAAUAUUUAUAUUAAAUGUAACACCUAAAGAAUAUAACUUAUUUUUGAAAUAUCAAAUCCAGUUAUAUGAAGAAAUUAGUAAACUUGACAAAUUAUUUAAUAACAGUGUUAAAAUAAACUAUCUAAAAACUGAAUAUAUAAGGAAUCAAAAAUCAAAUGAAAGAAUUGAAAUGUAUAUAAAAAGAGGAGUAUAUUUUAUAUCAUCAAAUGUUUUAUUAAUAGAUUUAUUAACAUUUAAAAUAAUCCCUGAAAUUAUUGAUGGUAUUUUUAUUUGUAAAAAUCAUAAGCUUAUUUGUAGUACGAAAGAAGUAUUCAUUAUAGAAAUAUUUAGAAGGAGAAAUAAAUUUGGUUUUAUUAAAGGAAUAAGUAAUAAUAAAAAAUUAAUAAAUAACCAACAUAUUUUAAAUAUUUCCCAAAAAUUAUUCAUGAAAAAAAUAUACUGUUAUCCACGGUUUCAUAAAAAUGUUCAUAUUUCAUUAAAUAAUAAAUAUAUACAACCUAAUAUAUAUGAGUUAAAUUUAGAUUUACCUAUUGACACAAAAAAAAUUGAAGAUAAUAUUUUUAAUUUGAUUCAUUAUUUAAAUUUAGAAAUCAAAAAAUUUCACACAUUUGAUGAUUUUGAUAUAAAUUCAUUAAUGUACUCAGAUAGUGCAGAAAAUUAUAUAAUGAAUUAUAUAAAAAGUAAAAAUCUUACUUAUAAUACAAAAAAAUUACUUAAAGAAAUUAUUGUAUUAGUUAAUAUUUUAUACAAUUUAUACAAUUAUGAUAGUUUAAUAUUUUAUAAUUAUUUAAAUAAUUUAAAAGAGGCAGAUAAAGAAUCAAUUUGGAUGUAUUGUAAUGAGGCAAACGAAAUUUUCUACUUAUCUAGUGAAAGAAAAAAUAACUUCUUAAAAAAAAUUAAUAUAGAUAAAGAUCAAUAUGGAAUGGAUGAUAUACAAUGUUUUAUAAAUAAAAUACAAUAUAAUAGUGAAUAUUUUUAUAAUUCAUACAAAUCUAAAAGGGAAGAAAAUGAAAAAUAUAAAUGGAUAUAUGAAUUAGUUUAUAAUAGAGAUAUAUCUUUAAAUGAUUAUAAAAAAAUUAUUUUAAAAAGAAAUUACAUAGAGAAAAAUUGUGUUAAAAGAAAAAAUUAUAAUAAAAAUUAUGAAAACAAUAAAAUUGUAAGUAAAAAAAUAAAAACAACAAAAAAUGUACAUUCUAAAUGUAAAAAAGAGUCAGAACUUUAUCUUAAUAAUGAAGAAAAAAAAGGAGAAAUAGGAAAAUCAGAAAGUUCUAAUAUUAAUUUCAAAAUAAAAUGUGAAAAUUAUAAUUUGAGUAAUGAAUAUCAUAUUAUUGAAAAAAAUGAUUUUAGUCAAAAAGUUGAUAUAAAUGAAAAUACAGUAGCAUACAACUGCGAAGAAAUAAACAAAGAAAAAAAAAUUGAGAUAAAUGAAGAUAGAAAAUUAUUAAAUAACGAAUUAAUAAAUAAUAAAAAAGAAGAAAUAAAAAUAGAGAAAAACACAAUUCAUAAUAAUGAUAGUAGUGAUAGCGCUAAUAUAGACAAAAUUGAUUACCCAAUUGUUAUAAUAGUUGAUAAUUUUUAUGCACAAAAAGAAAUUUAUAAUCUAUUGAUACAUAAAAAAGAAAAUAAUUUAGAUUCAAACUUUCCUCUAAAAUAUGAAGAAAAAAUUAACGAGUAUAACAUAUCCGAUUCUUCAAUGAAUUCUCUAAAUAGUUCUGAAAAAUCUUUUAAAAGUAAAAAAAAUUUCUUUUUAGAAAAUAUUAAUUAUUACAUAUCUUAUAAUAUGAUAAAAAAUAAAACGUUAAAUCUAAAAUAUAUAAAACCAAAAAUUUAUAUUUUGUGCAUUAAUAAGUACUAUGAUAACAUAUAUACUAGUGAAAAUUUUAUUAAUAAUUGCUAUAAAAAAAUUGAUAUGAUUAAUUUAGAAAGUCAGAAAAAUUAUAUGAAUAAUUCUGAUAAAGAAAAAUCUAAGGAAAAGAAAGAUAAUGAAAAAGGUAAUUCAAACCAUUUAUCAUUUGAUAAUGAUGAUAUAUUUGAAAUAAAUGAAUUUAGUGGUAAUUUAGAUUUCUUAGAAUUGUUUUUAAUGAAAAUAAAACCACAUAGAAUUAUUCUAACAAAUUUAGAUUUAAGUAUAUUUAGGAAUAUAGAAAUUUAUUGUGCAAGGUUGUUCCGAUAUCAUGUAUUUAAAUUGCACAAAGAAGAGUGUUUUAAAGAAUUAGCAAUGUAUGAAAAAAAUAAUUUAAUGUAUGAUAACUUUCAUAAAGAUAAUUUCUUAAUUAAAAAGGAAGAAAUAUUACAAAAAGAAAAAAGUAAUAAUAAUAAUUAUAAAACCAUAAAGAAAAUAGAAAGAAAUAAAGAAAUAAAUAAUUUUAAAAUAAUAAGAAUAUUAAGUGAUAUGUGUAAUACAGUCGAAGUAUUUUUAAUUUUUUAUAAAAAUAGUGUAUUUUAUAACAGAUAUUUAAAUAAUAUAAAAAUAGAGAAAAAUAAUUGGUUGAACUUUAUUGAAAAUAAAAAUAACCUUCGUUUUGAAGUAGAUCGUAAUAUAUUUAACAAAAACGAAGAACUUUUUAAGAAAGUUAUAAAUUCAUAUUUUUUAUUUCAAAAAAAAUUUAAAGAAAAUAAGAAAAAUUUAGUGAAUUUUAACAAAGCAUUAUGUGAAGAAUUCAAAAAAUUUCAAGAAGUUAAAACAGAUGAAAAAAUAGAAAAUAAAAAUGUAUUAGUAAAUUCUCUAAAUAGUAAUUUUAUAAGUAUGGAAGAAGAAGAUAUUUUUAUAGAAAAUUAUAAGUAUAAGAUUAAUAAAAAAAGUGAAAUUGUUACUUUUGAUGAAAAAAUUAUUCAAAAAAUUCAAGAAGUAUUACAUAAUUUUUCAAUAGAUUCUUUUAAUUUAAACUUUAUAUUAUAUAGUAUCUUUAAUAAUACUAAACCUAUAAUUAUUGUAGAUAUAAGAGAACUAAAAUCUGAUUUAUCAUAUAAAUUAUAUAGAAGUAAAAUGCAUAUAAUUCCUUAUUCUCUAUUAGUUGGAGAUUAUAUACUAACAAAAAAUAUAUGCGUUGAAAGAAAAACAAUAGUAGAUUUAAUUCAAUCACUAAAUAAUAACAGAUUGCAUAAUCAAAUUAAUCAAAUGUCAAAGUAUUAUUCUAUAUAUGUAUUAUUAAUAGAAUUUAAUAACAAACAUUUAUUUUAUUUUUCCUCAUUAAAUGAUAAAUAUUCUAUUUAUACUAAGUUAAUUAUUUUAUGUCUUCAAUUUUCUAAACUUAAAAUUUUAUGGAGUCCUUUUUCUCUUUUUACUGUUAAACUUUUCUGGUCAUUGAAGGUAAAUUCAGAACAACCAGAUAUUUUCAAAUCGCUUCAUAUUGAUAUAACUUUGCAAAAAAAUUCGCAUCAACAAGUUGAAAGUUAUCAAAAACAAAAAAAUAAGCAUAAUGAAGAAAAUAAAAUUAUAGAAAUUAGUGAGGAAAAAAAAAAAAAUGAAAAUUUUAAAGAAAUACUAAAUAAAGAGGAAAUAGACAUUAAACAAGAUGAAAAAGAAAAAACAGAGAAAGAAAAAACAGAGAAAGAAAAAACAGAAAAAGAAAAUAAUAAUAAAGGACAUACCAGCAUAACUGGAGAACUAAUGAAUGAACAGAUAUAUGGAAGUUCUGAUGAUGAAAGUAUGAAUAUAAAAGAUUGUAAUUAUGAAACAAUAAAUGAUUUAUUUGACAAAAAUUUAAAUAAUAUAAAUAAAUUAGAUAAUGAAAAAAUAUUUAAAAAAGUUGAAAAUGCAACUAACUGGAACGCUAUUGAAAUUUUAAAAUCACUCCCGGGGGUUACAGAAAAAAAUAUGCAUCUUAUAAUAAAUAAUGUUAAUUCAUUAUAUGAUUUAUGUGAAAAAAAAUUAGAAGAAUUAGAAAAUUAUAUGAGUAAAAAUAAUGCAAAACUGUUAUAUGAAUUUUUAAAUACAAAUGUAUCAUAA